GCAGCAGCAGCAGAAGCAGCAGAGUAGAGGAGCUCAGUGUUCGCCACGGAAAGGACUCAAACAAUCAGGUGAAGGUGGUGAAGGUGAUUAAAGGGAGUGCACAGUGCUGUUUUCCCUCUUCAGUGCUGCAGUCCAGGUCGGACAGGUGCACAUGGGACCGACUGUGUUCUCAGCCGGAAGAUAAUCAAAGAAUCUGCAUUUGCUUGCUGCUGGGCUUAGAGAUACUUCUCACGCUUCGAUUUUGUGCGUUCAACAAACUGAGCUCAGUCGAGGCUGCGCUUGGACCCAGGUCUGCGUGUUAAACAUGGGAGACCCGAGAUCAGUCCAGCCCCUCCUGCUCAUCAUGCUGCUCCUGAUGCUCCUCACCAGGCUGUCACAGCUGUGGGCCUUCCCCUUUAGCCCGUCUCUGGACCUGGAUGUCACUCCCAGGACUACUGUGUUUUCCAAAGGCCUGUUGGGCAGCGCUCGUUUCAACGGCUCUUCUCGGAACUACAGCACCCUGCUGCUGGAAGAGGAGGCCGGGCUGCUGUACGUGGGAGGCAGAGGAGCUCUGUACGCCCUCAACACCUCCGACAUCUCCACACCUGCAAACCUAACAAUUGAUUGGGAUGCUUCCCCUGAACAGAAGAAGCAGUGUCUAAACAAAGGCAGAGACAAUCAGACAGAGUGUUACAAUCACAUCCGCUUUCUGCAGCGGUACAACGAGACUCACCUGUACGUCUGCGGAACAAACGCCUUCAGACCUCUCUGUGCUUAUAUAGAUGCAGAGCGGUUCAGCUUCUCCUCAGGCUUUGAGGAGGGCAGAGACAGGUGUCCGUAUGACCCAGCCAAGGGAUACACUGGCCUCCUUGUAGACGGCGAAAUGUUCACCGCCUCCCAGUACGAGUUCCGCAGCUCGCCAGACGUACGCAGGAACUUCCCCUUCCCCACCCUCAGGACAGAGGAGGCCCCCACCAGGUGGCUCUUGGAGGCAGAUUUUGUAGGCUCUGUGCUGCUGAGAGACGGUGACGAUGACAAGAUUUACUUCUUCUUCACGGAGAGAAGCCAGGAGCAGAUUGCCUACCCGAGCCAGACCAAGGUGUCCAGGAUUGCCCGAGUCUGCAAGAAUGACUGGGGUGGCCAGAGGACCCUGCAGAGGAAGUGGACCUCCUUCCUUAAGGCCAGAAUGGUGUGUUCGGUCCCAGAAUACGAGCUCCACCUCAAUAUCCUACGCAGCGUCUUUGUCCUGCAGGGUCGAGACGCUCAAAGCAGCAUUUUCUACGGCGUCUUUGGUCUAGAAUGGAAGAAUAUCAAAGCUUCUGCUAUCUGCCAGUACGCCUUCUCAGAUGUACAGAAGGCUUUCGACGGGCCGUACAUGGAGGUGCAGGACUCAAAGUGGAGAGAGUACACAGGAAAGGUUCCAGAGCCGAGACCUGGAUCUUGUAUAACCGAUCUGCACAAGUCCCAGAGCAUCAACUCAUCUCGAGAUCUCCCAGACAAUGUCCUCACUUUCGCCAGAAGGCACCCGCUGAUGGCCAGCCAGGUGCAACCAAUAGGGGUGCGCCCACUCAUGUUCAAGAGAAGCGUCAACUAUGUCAAGAUAGCCGUGCACAAGCAGCCGGCGCUGGAUGGAAACAUCUAUACUGUUCUGUUUUUGGGAACCGAUGACGGCUGGCUGCACAGAGCAGUAGACAUUGAUGGUGAAAUGCAUAUCAUAGAAGAGCUGCAGUUGUUCGAUAAACCCCAUCCCAUAGAGAGCAUGGUCUUAUCCUCCGCUCUGCGGAGCAUCUAUGUCGGCUCCCACUCCGGUGUCGUCCAGGUGCCGAUGUCGGCCUGUCAGAGGUACACUUCCUGUUACGACUGUGUAUUCGCCAGAGACCCCUUCUGCGGCUGGGAUGGGAGGGUGUGUGUUGAAAUAUCCUCACGUGCACAGAGGUCAAACCUCACCCAGGAUAUCAUGAGAGGGGUCAGGGGCUGUAAGGAGAAUUCAGGAAAUGUGGUCCAUCGGAGGCGUUCUGUGAUGUCGGGUGACGAUGUGCUACUCCAGUGUGAACUGCGCUCCAACCUGGCAACCCCACGUUGGACGCUUAAUGGCCAAGAUCUCCAGGGAUACGGCCUCAGUUCGGGCUACCGCAUCGGCACAGAUGGCCUCCUCAUAAUUGGGGCUCGUUCCCAACAGAGUGGAACUUACCGCUGCUUUGCUGUGGAGAACUCCGUCUCAGUCUUGGUUUAUCUCUACACUGUCAGGGUGCACACAGACUCGUACUUUGCUGUGGAGCCCACAGCCACAACUAACCCCACUACAGUUUCCAGCCCAACUGUUUUCUCCACCAGCAGCCCCACUGAGCAGCCUCUGCCCUCCCCUCCUGCCCCGCUGCCUCCAGGGCCUGAAUUCCAGACCUACAGACACAUGGAGGCUGUGUACAUCUCCCUGGUGGCGGUUCUCGGUGGGCUGUGUCUGGUGUUGACUGUGGUGCUGCUUUAUGUGAGCUUUUGCACCAGACAGGCGUCUCGAGACAGAAAGUUCUCCCAGCAGGGGCUGCAGGUCCUGGGGGCUUCUGAGAGAAAAAGGAGCUCCCAUUUUGAACUUAAAACCAUCUCCAGCCACUGCAAUGGCCGCCAGGGUCGUCGGUCCAUCUCAGUGCCAACGUUCGGGGACUUGGGCGAUGGCUUUCUCCAGAUAGUUCCGGGUGAGGGCCAGCUGUCUCCAGCCAAAACACCUCCCCCGGCACCUCCUCUUCCUAUGCCGCCUCCGCUGCCCAACAUGGACUACGCCAACGGGCUGUCGUCCACUCUGCCCAGUGUGCUGCGGAAGAUGAAUGGGAACAGCUAUGUCCUGCUGAGGCAGGCCGAUCCCGAGGGCAUGUCACCACUCUACCACUCCUUCACAGAGGAGCUCAACAGGAUCCUGGAGAAGAGGAAACACACACAGCUGGACAUCCAGCCUGAUGAGAGCUCCAUCUAGGACCCUCUUCUCAGUCUUUUGUCAGUUAUUUAUUUCUACCCCAACGGUGACCCUGUAGUCGUGGGAAGAACUGUUGUAUCAAACGCUGCUGUUAUUUACCCAGUGUCAGAGUAUCUGCAGGUCGUGUCCCGAAGCCUCAUGUGACAAAUGGCCCAUGAAUUUCACUUUCACUGAUGGACUAACACUAACCAGAGAUCGCUAUCCAAAAAGUGGAACUGUGAAACUUUGGCCAUAGACUACACUAUUACAUUUUUCAAAAUUACUCUGAGCUUAAUAACAUUACCUCAGUGUAGAUACUCUGGAGGCCAGUGAAAGAUGGUGGUCAGAUGACACAGAAAGGCAUAAGGUAAAAAAUGGGACAUGGGUAAAAGAAUAAAAUCAGGCUGAACAACGUCCAGGAGGUGAUGACGAUUUUUUGAGACUGUCGAAGAGCCGAGGAAGUGUUUAUUGCCAUGUAAUAUUAGCCCUAUAUGGAGCUUAAAGUGAUAAUCCACCCAAAAUCUGUUUUUGUGCAUUUCUUACACUACAACAACACCUGGGUUACUGCAGGAAAUGUGAAAACAUGGUGUACCUUCCACAUAACACGCCCACAACCUGAGAGCCUGGCCCUGUGUGUUGGACGUUUGAUGUCAAGAUGUUCCUGUUUGUCCCUCGUGAGUGGGUUUGUUUCCCUGAUCCGGGGAGACAGGUUUGACUCAUCCAUUGUUACAGGACUGUACUCUGUAUAACCAGUCGCCAGCCAUGAAGUCCUCCCACAAAGGCUGAUGAUGACAGUAGCUAUUACACCUGGUCGGCGUCCUCUGGCGUUUGGCGUCCUGCCCUUCUAGGCAGUUCAAGGUUUUUUAUGAGCAAAAAGGAUGGAUGGCAAAGUUUCCAAAUAGUCCAAAACAACAAAUUCAUCCUAUAAUACACAUCGUCUUGGCUCAACUUCUCCACUUUUCCUGGCAGGUGUCCCCCUUCCAGGUGCAUCACAUCAGUGGCUAAUAAGGAGACAUACCCCCCCCCCCUCGCCCACAUGUACUGACCCUCCAGUCUCUUUCUACACAUGCACUAAUCUAUCAAACUAAAGGACUACUAAAAGACUUGUCAUUACUCUUAUCUUUUUUUAAUCCAUAUUUUCACAAAAUGGCGAGUGUGAGCAUAUGGAUGGACAAGCUGAAAAGUGGAUUAUGCUAUAGGAAUGGUUUUAAAAGUUUCAUGUUUUGACUCACAUUUUUUCCACAGGAAAAACUUGUGCAAACUAGAAUCCAUUAUACUGCUGCUAACUAACAAUUUAACAAUUAUAUUUUGAUAAAUCAUUUAAAAAAUGUCAAAAAGUAGUGAAAAAUGCAGAUCAUAAUUUCCCAAAGUCAUCAAAUUGCUGGUUUUAUAGACUUAUAUUAAAACUCAAAAUUUCUAAUUAUACUAAAACAGAAAAGGCAAAUUCUCACACUUCAGAAGCUGAAUAUAACCUCACUACUCGCCUCUCCGUUCUAUACGAAGGAGCACAGCCACCUCUCAAGCCCACAGGAGGCGAGUGAUUGAUACUCAAAAGAUAGAUUUUGUGUGGAGUAUCACUUCAAGAAUCCAGCUCUGUUACAGUGCAUGAGAGCACAAAUCAUACAUUUUGAUUCAUUUAAACCACUCUUUUCUCAUUUUCCUUUGUUCUCAUGUAAAUAGCAAUAAUUACAUCACUGUUGCAGCUGUUAGUAGCAAUGUGUUGUGCCAGUGCCGAUGGAAACACCUGUAGCAGACAAUUUGGGUUUUCUUGCAUAGUGUCUUUCUGUUUUAGCAUGUGUGAGAAUGCAGAGAAUGAAAGGCAGCCUCAUUCAGCAGUCUAGUCUAUUAAAGACUAUUAAAGGAGCAGUCAGUUUGUGGUCAGAUUGAUUAAAUUCACUGAAGACCACAGACUGGCUCUGGAGCCUGGGUGGCUGAAAGGAAACACAACACACACUGAAAAACAAAGAGGUACUGUAAAGAAAAAUGCUUAUUUGCUGUUUUAUAUUUAUACACCUAAACGCAACUAUACUUUGUCCUUGUCAGACUGAAGCCCUAUUUUUGGGUGAUCAUUCAUCAUAACCUUGAGGAUUUCUCUUGAGACACUAAGACUCAUGCCAACCAUUUUAACAACAAGUAAAAAUACAGGAUUCUAUUGAAAAUUAUGUUACAAAGAGAACAACAACAUGGAAGGACGUACGCAGGUUUGUGUUUGCCCUCUGUUAUGAAAAGGCUGCUGGUGGCAUGUCGCCAAAUCAGAGUAGAGAAGACCUUCGCACUGAAAAACCUGCAACCUGCAAAGCAUCGUCACUGUUUACCUGACAUGAGAGCAAUGCCAAAACAACAAGAACUGCAGAGUGCACGGUGUUUCCAUGGCAAGGUGAACGGCGCUAUGAUUAAAUAGUACAUGUAUAACAUGGAAGGAAGUGACUGAAAUUAAUCUCUUAGUAGUUUGUAAAUGUGUCAGGGCUAGUGGUAAAUAAAGAUCUGUCUUUCCAGUAGAGUGUUGAAUCAGCUCUUGCAGCAGCCCACUCUGGUGACUCGCAGCAUGCAUCUGACAGUAACAGCAGCACUUGGCUCACCUCCACGAAAGAGAGGACGGGGGCUUCUUGUCUGCACAAACGUGUCGUCUCUGCAGGUAGAAGCAGAUAGAAAACAUUUGACCUGCAUGUCCUAGUUAGCCAUGCAAGAAACAGAUAAUAAUACAAGAGGACAAGCUGGCAGGAGCGACUUUGCAGUUGCAGGUUUUCAGCCAUCUUCUCAUCUGCCUUGUAGAAUGUUUUACUCCAGCCAUUUUUCCAUUGACACAGUCUAGGCAAAGCACUGUAUGCACUGUAUGUAGGAGAGGUAAAUGUCUGCCAGAGAGACAUUAUUCCAAGCCUCAUUUUCACUUUUAUUAAAAUAGUGCAAAGAUCUGCUUCAGUGCAGCAGUUAGAAACCUGUCUCUUUAUUAAACGCUGACUGUAAAUUAUUAGCAAAAGCAUUAGCCUUUCACUUGCAGUCUCUUCUGCCAUACAUCAUUUCAAGACAGGAUUUAUUAAAAACAGACAUUUAGUUUUUUUAAUUUAAGACAUCUUUUUAUGGUUUAUACACAAGUUCCACCUCUCAACUGUCAGAAAUAAUCCUUUCACUAAAUACUGAAAAGCUUUUGAUUGGGUAGAAAGGGCUUACCGAUUUUAGCAUCAGCGUCGCAAAUCCAGUUGCCUCGCGAGGUAAGACGGUGAUAGACGGUGAUAGACAGAUGGUUCAUCCAAUCACCUGCCAAGUAUUUUUUUGAAUGUGCCUGCCCUUUUCCAACCAGUUUCCAUGGCCACCUCAGUAAGGAUGAAUCCAUUAUUAGGACAUUAUUGGGGAUUGAGCUGAACUGAAAACCUCACUAUAUGCAGAUGACCUGCUUUUAUACAUUUCAGAUCCAACAAAAUCUAUCAUCGCACUUGGGGAAAUAUUUUGUUAUAAAUUGAAUUUCUACUGGUUAAUGCUGCUGCCCAGACAUUCCCACUCCAUAUCUUAUUAUUCAAGAGCUCCUGAGGUUACAUAUUCAGUGUUUUUUUUAUUAUAUGGAAGUAAAUUCUUGUCCCUCAUGUUGCUCAUAUGGAAAAAUAUUUUGAGCGGUGGUUAGUCUUUCCUUGACCUUGCCUGGCUGUUUAACUUGACCUACAUGUUGCAUUUAGCCAUGCAGGGAACAGAUGAUAAUACAUCUGGACAUGUUGGCAGGAGCUACUUUGCACUUUGCAUGUUUUCAGCUUUCUUUUUGCCGACCUUUUUAACCUUUCACUUGUUUCCAUCUUCAUCUUCAUUCUUCCCCUCUUUCUCCCUUUCUGCUACCUCUUUUGUUUUCCCCGUCUCUUCACCUCUGCAUGACAGUAUCAUCUAUUACCCUCUCCGCUCACAUUCACACCCUCUCAAGGACCCUGCUGAGUUUACAAAUGGCCAUGAUUGAAUCAAUUAGUGCCAAUUUUCAAAGAGCCCUCGAGUUUGGGUUUGCGAAGGCAGAGAUUAGUCAAAGGGAUUUCUUGCAUUCGUUUAACAUCACAGAGAUAAAAGCUUCUCUCACAUUUCUAGCUGAUGUUAUGCUUUAUGACAGAUUUAUCGUUACUCAAGACCCAGACAUCUUAAAUAUAAAUCUCCUUUAAUUAUAACGCACUCACAGUCGAUAAUCCGAAUGAAUGACGGUUUUCUGAUGAAUGCUAAUUUAUACGUGUUUCAUGGGAGCAUUUGAUAUUAUUUUAUUUAAAUCAAUGUUAUAAAUACAUGUUCCUGGUGGGCAACAUUUUAUUGCAAGUUUUAAAUAUGUAAAAUUAUUGCAGUUUCUACUGAGUUGAACAUGUUACUGAACUUAACCGUGUAUUAUAUAAAAGUUCCCAUCAUAAAGCUUCCUCAUCAUUAAGUUGUGUACAAUCCUUAAAGUCCCCCCGCCAAAACGUGUUUUGCUUGUUUUGUUCCUUUAGUUGGAUGUUUUAUCUUCACUGUGCAGAAGGAUGUAUGUGCAGAGCAUGAUCUGUGACAUCACAACUAGCUUGGAGCCAAUUGCGGCCCAGUUUGUGACUUACACAAGCGUGGAAGACGUGGAAAUUUGAAGUGCACAUACACUGAGAAUGGACUUUACAGUGAAGUAGGAGUCAUCUUGUGUCAAACAGUUAAACUUCGAAAUGAAAAAUAUUUGCAUAUAUAUAGCUUCUGGAAUUAUUUAUGAGGGAGAAGGUGUAGAUGACAUUUUAAGGAUUUUAACAAGAUAAUUGAACUUUUUUUGUGGAAAAACCAAAUUAGAUUAAUUAUUUUUCUAUGUCGUGUUUUAUUUACACCUGAAAACAUGUCUGGAGGGGAUCUUUAAACAUGUUGAAAGCUUCAUCUAAGUCACCAACCAUUACUGCUACUGCUGCUGCUGCUGCUGCUUUACUCUCACUUUCAGAUAGUCUGUUUACAACAGACAUUGACUCUGCACUGUAUACUGUACUAUGAACUUUAGGUAAAAAGACAUGUUGGCUGCCAGCCGUCCAUUCAUCGUGUUUUUGUACACAAACCCACAGUGAAGCACUUGUUUUUGCAAUUUCAACAUCAAACUGUGUCACUAUGCAAGAUACAGUAUAUUUGAUGUAGAUGUAGAUGAAUCUUCAGGGUGUUGGCCAAAGAAAGUGGUGUAAAGAGUUCACAAUUUGCACUGUUCUUAUGUGAGUAUUUGUUAAAAAAAAAAAAAGUGUAAUAUCCCCUUGUAAACUGUGACACUUCCCAUCAAGUUGUUUCUGUAUGAUCAUUUGAUGUAGAUAAUUUGCUCAUAUGUGGUCUUCUUGAUAAAUAACUGGCUGAAGUGACUUUAACGCUGCUUGUAUGAUAGUUGAGCCACCUGAGCUGUUGACAGAAAGGACUUUUUAAUAUCUUCUCUCAUGUCUUAUUUAUUUCAGUUCAUUUAAUUUCCACUGGCUUUUGUGCAGAUUAAAAAAAACCACUUUGCAUUAUGUUCAGCUUGGGGGGAAAAAAAUGUCAGUGUCAACAGGCCUGAGGGGAAGUCAAGAAAUUACAUGCAAAACAUGUUCUUACUGAAUCCUGUUCUCAAGACACCACGAGACUCGGUUGUUUUUGUCAUGCGUCGAGCUGCAAGGCCGCCGUCCUCCACUGGGAAUGAAUCCCACAUGAUCGCACACUCAUUUGCAUAUGACUCUGAUAGCGCAGAGGUAGCUAUAGCAGGAGCUUAGGGGAGAAUAAAAUGACCAUUUUCAGAGAAGGUACAAGGCAGUAACUUAGCAACAGCAUCUUUAUUUAGAGCCUUUAAUGUCCUAGCGUUGGUCAAGCUGUGCCAGUUCCCAUUGGGGAGCACAGUGACUCUGACAUCUGUAAUUGGUGCCACAGAUAAGUGAAAAUACAGGAAGUGAGCAUGACAUGUAAGUCCAGCAACAAAAUUUUACUAACAUUUUCAUAGCUUUGUUGUGCGAAACAGUGAAAGCAACCACUGUCCCUCCUGAAUAUAGUUUUUCCUACAUUUGAGAAUAUAAAUUUACAGAUCAUUUAAACCCACCGAAGCUCUGUGAUGCUUAAAAUGCAACCUAUCUUCUCUCAUAAACAGAUUUUUGGGAGAAAAUGAGUGAAAUUGCAGCAGUAUCCCGCUGCAGAGCUCAGCUCUACUGUCUCUCACUCAUCAUCAUCCUCUGCAGUCAUCUCACGCUCUCAUUCUUCAUAAAUUUUCAUAUCUAACCAUUUCCUGUGGCCAGAAUUAUAUGCCAGUGAACUGGUAUCAACAGAAUUUAACAGUCUUUCCUUUGACAUCUUUCACAUUCACUCACACAUACAACUCUGCUUGUUCGUACUCAUCUGAUGACUAAUUCUUGGUUGUACUUAUCUGUAUUUUAUGUUGAGAGGUCAUUUCUGGAAGGAAGGAGAGGUCAACUGGCAUGUCUUUUGCAGUCAAGAAUGAUGAAUUCUGGGUGAGAAUUGCAAAGAAAGCAGUGAGUUGUUUUGCCAACAUCCGCCUUGUUGAAUUUGAACAAAUCACCCACUGGAGUGUUGGUUUUCUUUUUCCUCUUACAGCUGAUACAGAGGACAGCUCUGUGCUGAAGGUUAAGAGCUGUCCCUCCAGCUAUCACACAACCAUCUGUCAUGUUCAUUUAAGCUCUGGAUCAUUUAAAGUUGUGUCAGCAAGGAAACCUUCAAACCUUAUCAGUAUUAAACUGUUGAAACGUGUACAUUCCUCCCCCGUGUCAAACAAAUAAAAAAAGGUGUACAUCUCAUAUCUUGUCUGUGAAGUAUU